AUGGCAGUUCAGUCAAGCACCGUCACAAACUUGGAAUAUGAGUAUCCUGAUGGCCCAAGCGAAAGGCUCAGUUUUGCCGAACUUGAGGCUCUCGAUUUGAGCAAGCUUGACCAACCCGGAGGAAAGCAACAAUUGGCUGAACAAGUUCUGGGCUUCAUCAGUAAGAACGGGUUUUUCUAUGUAACUGGGCAUGGUUUCUCUGAUGCCGAGGUGCGGCGACAGUACGCCUUGGCCCAAUCUUUCUUUGACCUGCCGCUGGACGAAAAGCUGCGAUACGAGUGCAAUACCGCAAAAGGAGAUUUCCGAGGUUAUAAGAAGCAGUCGACUGGUGAUCUAGCCGGCCGCGACAAUGAUGAGAGAUAUAACAUACCCAAGUUUACGCCGGAGCAUGAGCGGGAUCACCCACAAUUGAUCAAAACACAUCUUGCCGAGAUCCGCGACUUCUCGCUGAGGGUUCACAACAAUGUUCUUCUUCCACUCCUUCGACUUUUCGCCUAUGUCCUUGAGUUGGAAGACGAAGAGUACUUUGUUAAUCGACACCGAUAUGAGGAAAAAGGCCUCGAGUACUUGAGAUAUAUGAAAUAUCACCCCCGCACUAAAGAAGAAGAUGCAAAGGUUAACAACAUCUGGGCCCGUGGGCAUACUGACUACAAUACUUUAACCUUCCUUUUCCACCAACCUAUUGCUGGCCUACAGGUGCAGAAUCCUGAAGGCAAAUGGCAAUACGUCAAGUCGCCUAGAGAUGCCAUCAUUGUGAACAUCGCUGAUGCGCUGGAGUUCAUGAGCGGUGGGUAUCUUAAGAGUACUAUCCAUCGUGUCAUCCGACCACCGGAAGAACAAGCACAGAAGCCCCGACUUAGCUUAAUAUAUUUCGCUCGGCCUGAAGCCGACAUCAAUCUGGCGCCUGUAUCAAGCCCAUUGCUGCAACGACUGGGGCUGCAGGCCUCUGGGACUCAGUUCUCUCACCCCGUGACAGCUCAGGAGUGGGCGGAGGCACGAAUCGCGAAGGAUCACAGGUUUCGUGUUGGAUUGGUCAAUCAGCCUGAGAGAGAAAUUAUCGCGGGGGUUGAUCAGAAGUUCUUUGACUGA